CUCGAUUCUCUGCAAAGUCGACGUUUUCAAUGAGAUCGAAGUUCAAUUGACGUGCUUAGGUUAUGUCCGGGUUAUGGGUUUGUUUUAUACCAAUUAUACGAUAGUACAUUGGCUAUAAUACCUUGGAAUUUAGGCAACUCAUAGUCGACAUAAAUGAUAAUUACAUAUGCUAAACGGGUUGUAAUUUGGGAGGAAAUGAUCAUCUAUGCUUGCCGCUGAUCUUUGUGGAUUUUGAACAGAAGGUUCGGCAGGCCUCGAGAAUCCCAGUGACAGGCCAUUGGUGGGUCAGUCAGCGUCACUCAUCCUUGAAGUGAGGUGGGAGUGUCUCACAUGCCUGCUCCCCACUCCGGCGUGUAAAGUGUCCCUUCCCCCAAAUAAUCUAUAACCCAAGCAGGCCGCUUGAUUUAUUGUUGGCUCAUGCGUUGGUUGUACAUGCGUUCAGUGUUUAUAUUAUAUAUAUAACAAAAACUUGAGAGCAAGGUAAUUUUCACUUGAAGAGAGUGCUUGUGUUAAUUUCUUCUUUUUUUGCGUGUGCACGUAUGGUGAAUGUAAUUAGUAGCAACUUGUAUCUUCACCUGGUGUUAAUUAAGACUACUGAUAACGUAAGAACACAUAUCUACAGUAAGCAAAGAACGUGGCAAAAUGCAUGUCGAUUAAGUUGAAUUAGAGGCGCUAAUGACUCGCUGAGUGAUUAAACUUAAUUUCACGUUGUUCUAACAUUUCCAAACCUAACAUGGUCAAGUAUUUUGAAAAUUCCACAGUAUUCCAUUUCAGUUGGGAACAAGUAGCCCAAGGUUUUUGGAAGCGGUAUCCAAAUCCUCAUAGCAAUCAUGUCCUUUCAGAAGAUACAAUAAUUCGCGAAGUGAGAGAGAACAAAUUGUACACAAAGCGUCUUUUGACAAAGACAAACAGGGUCCCCAAGUGGGGAGAAAGGUUUGUUAGCUCAAGAACAGUAAAAAUUGUUGAAGAAUCUGUUGUGGAUCCCAAGGAAAAAGUUCUUGUUACGUACACAAGAAACAUUGGUUAUGUAAGAGUUAUGAGUGUUGUUGAGAAGGUCAUCUACCGUGUCAGUGAGGAAAAUCGAAACUGGACAGUGGCUCAUCGUUCUGCAUGGAUCGAUUCCCAAGUUUUUGGAUUUGGAAGGCCUAUUCAGGCAUUUGGUUUGGAGAGGUUUCGUAAAAACUGCCAGAAGAUGGUAAACGGAUUUAAUUAUGUUCUAAGUGGUAUGUUUCCUAACAUAUCACAUGGUGACUCGACUGCACUUCAACCUCCACAAUCAAAGAAAGAAGCCCUGAAAGAUGCUGCAAAAAAGGCUACUGACUUGGCAAAAUCUAAGGCUGGGCCUAUUUAUGCUUCCUGUCAGCCAAAUCAGACCUAAAGUAUUGAACUAUUGUUGUUGUCUUUGACUACACACUACUAAGCUUAGACAAAGGUUUUCCUUCAUGGUAAUCUCUAAUCAUAGAGCAUUCUUUUUCUCACAGAACACUGAAUUAUAAAAUGCUUGGUUGUUAUUUCACUGCAUUAACUGUAUAAGCGAAUGCAGACUACCUCAGUAACUGUGUAUAUUGCUUGUAAGAUUUUCUGUACAUAAUCUGUAUGACUACUGAGAAGUUUGCAUUAAAAUGAAUAACAAUAUAUUUGUGAUAGGAAAUUGUGUUCAAAAUAUGAAGUAGGUAGAGUAAGCCUAUUAAGUUCCUGUUAAGACUUACUUUUAUUGUGAUGAUAUUGCAGUUACCAACACAGGCAAUUGUACCAUUUUCAUUGUUUACAGUUGUGGUGUCUGCAAAUAAUCCAAGCAAAAGUACUUGUGUAUCUGUAGGUACAACAAGAUUUUUCAUGUAAUCAAGAGCAUUUGAAUAAAUUUUAUCAAGACU